AGGGGUACAGAGAGGAAGAGAGAGCGAGAGCCAUAAGAGCAGUUAGACGGGGGAGUAGCAGGGAUGAGGGGACACAGACAAGGACAGAAGACAUCACGGCUAAUAAAAUCAGGAGAAAGGCAGAAGGGAAACUGUGGAGCCUUGGGUUGACCAGAAAGAAGACAUGACAGAGAUAACUAGAAGGUGGCUGCACCAUCUGUUGAGAGAAUCAUGUUAGCGAUUCAAACCAGAGCAGCGAUGCAGUCUGCAGUGAGAUGCACGAAACCUCUCCUGAAUGCUCACUGAAGACUUACCUGCAAAACAGGAAAGAUAAAGCAUGACACACGGAUGCAGACACUUAGAAUCUGCAGCGAAAUGAGAGGAGAGUUUCUAUAAAGAGAGUUGAUCCACAUAUUUCAACUGGAGUUGUCCCAAGCAAGCUGCAUCCCUCUGAACUAACAACCAGAUCAUCUGCUUUAUGUGUUUUUGGGAAAAUUCUCAUUCCAUAUUCAGUGUUGUUUUAAUCUUUUUUAUUCAGUAGUUGCAUGUCUUGAGAGUUUUUUCCCAGAAAAUCAUUUUUAGCACAAAUGAUGCAAACUCCAGCCUCCAUGGUGAUGGGGAUUGUCUUUGCACCUCUGGGACUUGUCCUUGUCUUUACUGCUGCCAUCACCCCUCAGUGGCGGGAGGGACAGGCUCGUCUGAACAUUGGAGGGACGGGAUCUCUUCUUCGAUCAGGAGCAAAGGGUCAAGGGCUGGGUGUCAGGUCCGGGUCAGUGGAGGCCUUGCUCCUGCUGCGUUCUGAUGGCCUGUGGGAGAGCUGCUUACAGGUGGAGCAGUCAGAGCUGAAGCAGUGCUGGCCUGUAGCUGGUCCAUAUCAAAGAGAUGCUCGGGUUCGGCUGGUUCAAGGCCUGGUGCUUACAUCCUUGUUCCUGUGUGGCAUCGGCAUUGUUCUGGCUUGCAUCGGCGUCCGAUGCUGGACAGACCUACCUCUGAGGAGGGUAGCAGCUUCAGGUGGACUCCUUGUGGUGACUGCUGGCCUUCUGAGCCUGACUGGAUUGGGGGUAUACACCCACAACCUCAGAAGACUGGGGGUGGAUCCCAGUCAAGGACUCAGCAACCCCAGGUUCCCACAGCUCAGCCUGAACCCAGCUGGAUCGCUCUACUUCGGGUGGCUGGGUUCCUGUUUACAAGUGCUGGGAGGCGUCGCGCUGUUGUUCAGCUUCAAACGACCAAGAUGUCCGACCUGCCCGUCCCGCCAGGAGCAAACGGUUUGCCCUGCAUGCCACUCAUGUCCAGAAAUGACAAGUAAGACAGACAUGGAUGUAUAUGAAGUCAGUUGUUAAAUGUUAUCAAACGAAAAUGUGCAAAAUCCAACUUUUUCUCCUCUCAUCAGAACAUGAAUCUGCCAGAGAAGGGAAAAAAUAAUUACUAUCUAAUAUUACCUCGGAUCCAUAUUGGAGAUGAGAAAACGUGUAAAAUAAUCUCACUCAUAAAUUAGCUCACUCUUAUAGUAAAGGUUAUAGUAAAAAAAAGGUAUUUUAUGAAGUAUGGAUUUGUGAAGCUUUUUGCCUUGUUGUUAAAUAGUUUGAGUCAGAAACAGCCUGUGACUAUGUCAAAUAUUUGUAAGAACCAGUUUUAGCAAUUUUUAGAUGAUGCUUUGAGAUACUAAAUGAGAUUGGUUUUAGAUACUGGAUUUUCUGAGUACUUUCUGGUGGGAAUAAUUAGUACAAAAUAACAAGAUGAUUUGAUGAUGUUCUUGUGAUUCUUUCAAUGUUAUUUUAAAUGUCAGUUUAAUCAGAGUAUUGUUGUAUCACAGUCACCAUGAGGUUAUCAGCGACAAGAUCAAGUGGUGUACCAAAAUUGUUUAAUUGUGUUCAUAUCUGUUUGUACAUUGUGCAUUCAAUAAAACAUUUGAAUGAUGAAA